AUCGCAAGAGUCCUCCAAAGCAAGUGAAACUGGAUCAACUGAAAGAGACAGCAAAAGCCUUCCUGACAUCCAACUCAAUCUCAUAAAGACCCAUUUCAAAGCCAUCCGCAAGAUCUAAUACAGGUUCAAUAAUGGCCCCACAGUUGAAAGCCGAGGUAAAUGUCAUGCCCAAGGUUGUCCAGGGGGAUUUGCAGAGUCUGCCUCCAGAAGUGAGAGAUUUCAUUGAAAGUAAUGCCAAGCUGUGCCAGCCUGAGAGCAUUCAUAUCUGUGAUGGCUCAGAAGAAGAAAACAAAAAAAUUCUGGACAUCAUGGUAGAACAAGGCAUGAUCAAGAAGCUGAGCAAGUAUGAGAACUGCUGGUUGGCACUCACUGAUCCAAGAGAUGUGGCAAGAAUUGAGAGCAAAACAGUCAUAAUUACUCAAGAACAGAGAGAUACCACUCCAAUCCCUAAAACUGGAACUAGCCAGCUGGGUCGCUGGAUGUCUGAAGAAGAUUUUGAGAAAGCCUUCAAUACCAGGUUCCCCGGCUGCAUGCAAGGACGUACAAUGUAUGUCAUCCCCUUCAGCAUGGGGCCUAUUGGGUCUCCUUUGUCCAAGACUGGGAUCGAGCUGACAGAUUCACCAUAUGUAGUGGCCAGCAUGAGGAUCAUGACACGAAUGGGAACAGCUGCUUUGAAAGCCCUGAGCAAUGGGGAGUUUGUAAAAUGCCUUCACUCGGUUGGAUGCCCUCUACCACUAAAAGAACCACUAAUCAACAACUGGCCAUGCAACCCGGAGUUAACACUGAUUGCCCAUCUCCCGGAUCGCAGAGAGAUCAUUUCAUUUGGCAGUGGUUACGGAGGAAACUCCUUACUGGGGAAAAAAUGCUUUGCUCUCAGAAUUGCCAGCAGAAUCGCCAAAGAAGAGGGCUGGCUAGCUGAGCACAUGCUGAUCCUGGGUAUUACCAAUCCCGAAGGUAAAAAGAAGUAUUUUGCUGCAGCAUUCCCUAGUGCAUGUGGAAAAACUAACUUGGCCAUGAUGAACCCAAGCCUGCCAGGAUGGAAAAUUGAGUGUGUGGGUGAUGAUAUUGCCUGGAUGAAAUUUGAUGAACAAGGCAACUUACGGGCAAUCAAUCCAGAAAAUGGCUUUUUUGGAGUCGCCCCUGGAACCUCAGUCAAAACAAACCCCAAUGCUAUUAAAACCAUAUUCAGGAACACCAUCUUUACCAAUGUAGCAGAAACCAGUGACGGAGGCGUCUAUUGGGAAGGCAUUGAUGAGCCAUUACCACCAGAAGUAACACUGACUUCAUGGAAGAACAAGGAUUGGACUCCAGAGAACGGGGAACCUUGUGCUCAUCCCAACUCACGGUUCUGCACCCCAGCCAGCCAGUGCCCCAUUUUGGACCCUGCGUGGGAAUCACCCGAAGGUGUGCCUAUUGAAGGGAUAAUAUUUGGAGGCCGCAGACCUGCUGGUGUGCCUCUUGUAUAUGAGGCCUUUAACUGGCAGCAUGGAGUAUUUAUAGGAGCAGCUAUGAGAUCUGAAGCAACAGCAGCUGCUGAGCACAAAGGUAAAAUCAUUAUGCACGAUCCAUUUGCCAUGAGACCUUUCUUUGGCUACAACUUUGGCAAAUACUUGGCCCACUGGCUCAGCAUGGCACACCGUCCAGCUGCAAAACUACCAAAGAUCUUUCAUGUUAACUGGUUCCAGAAAGACAGCCAAGGAAAAUUCCUGUGGCCUGGCUACGGAGAGAAUUCCCGUGUGCUGGAGUGGAUGUUCAACAGAAUUGAAGGGAAAGCUUCUGCCAAGCCAACUGCCAUAGGUUACAUCCCUGCUGACACUGCUUUGAACUUGAAGGGUUUAGAAGAUGUCAACUUGACCGAACUGUUUGAUAUCUCCAAAGAGUUCUGGGAAAAGGAGGUAGAAGAAAUCAAGCAAUACUUUGAAGUGCAAGUUAAUGCUGACCUUCCCUAUGAAAUAGAAAGGGAAAUGCUUGCCUUAGAGAUGAGGAUAAAACAGUUGUAGCUUAUCAAAACAACUAUUAUUUAUCAGUCCACACAUAAUGAGACAGGACAAACACAUUUUACCAAAUCAGCACUGGAAGCAUAAGAGCACACUGAUGGGGCAAGAGGUUAUAAUGAAAGUAGGUCUUAGUUUAGUUCAAAUAUAGAUAGGGGCAUUCUAGAAGUAACUCCAGACCUAAUGAUUUAUAACUACAUCAGUUGUUGUGAAUAGGUGAGCAGCUGUGGAAAUGUCUGUGCACACGGUCUUCAAAACCUUGAUCUGUCACUUACAUGCACAUAUAGCUAUGAUGUAUGUAAAUUAUUUGCCUAAUUCUGCAUAUACAAUCCAACCUUUGAGGUGUAGCACAUUGUUUCUAUCACACAAACCUCUAGAGU